CGUCAUUUGGAAAGGCCGGAACUAGUUAAUUGUUUGAUAAUUUCGUGCUUCUUUGAAAUGCUGACAGCCUGGUUUGAACUCUCAUCUCUGAGUUGAUGCGCUGGAAGAGAAUCUAAAAGCCAAUGCUGCAUUCUUUUAGCUCUCGGGUUGCUGUAAUUAGAAAUUUUGCAUUUCGGGCAGCCAACUUCCUGGCUUCUACAUCAGGCAUGAAUCGACCUGUGGAAACUUCAAUCCGGACCAAGCUAAAUCAGAGACUGGAACCAACCCAUUUAGAAGUUGUAAAUGAGAGUAACAUGCAUGCAGUACCAUCAGGCUCCGAGUCUCACUUUCGAGUGUUGGUGGUGAGCAAACAUUUUGAAGGGAUGUCUCUGUUACAGCGUCACCGCUUGGUCAAUGAAAUUUUAUGUGAUGAGUUGGCUUCCAGAGUUCAUGCUCUCUCUAUCCAGGCAAAGACCCCUCAGCAAUGGGAAUGUAACCCUGUUAUAGAAGUGAGUCCCCCUUGUAUGGGUGGUUCUAAACAUGACCACAGCAUGGCAGCUAAAGUUGGGACACCGAGCAAAUAAGACUGACCUAAUCAUGUAUUAAAUGAAGAUUUUUUUUAUAAUGAAAUUGAUUUAUUUAAUACAGCAAUAAAACGUAAGUUGGAAGAAGACCUGUCUGUCAAUGUGUUAUACAAAUUUGAAUUCUGUUACAUAAUAGUAAUUCUGGAAAUCUGUAAUUCUGUUAAAAAAAGAAAAAAAUCUGUUCUGAAACACUGACUCUAGAAUACAGAAUAAAUUAUUGUGUUUAGAAAAGAAUCCACAAAAAGCUUUGAAUAUUAAGACAAGCCUGCGAAUAUUUAAUCUUUUCAUAUACAGUUUUUUCAUUGCAGGUCUUUAAAGUAUGAACAAAAGUCAUUAGUGCAAGUUACACUAAUAUCAAAACAGUAAAUCCUCUUGACAAACAUGCCGAGGAGGUGUAAGAGUUUCAUUUGGUAGGUGUAAAUUUACAUAUCGAUUAAUUUAUUGGCUGUAUUAUUUGUCCUGUGUGUCUGUAUCCUUUUUAUGUUUCUGCCACAGUAUGUAUGUGAAAUUCCCUUUGGGAUUAAUAAAGGUUAUCAAAUUGAAUCCAA